CAAACAUAUCAACUCAUUAUUGUUAUGUUAUAUAUGAAUGACUUGUUUACUAUAAAUGACGAAAUAAUCGGUAAUUACUGUAAAUGAAUGACUAAUUGAGUGAUGAGUUAGUGAUUAAGUGAUUGAAUCAAUCAAUCAAUCAAUCAAUCAAUCAAUUGGUUUAUACAAUGGAUUUGCAGAGCAUUAGCGCCGAUGAGAGUGUAGUCAGUGAUGAAUACACGGAUCCAGAAGUAGAGACCAGUAGUGGUGAUGAAGUGGACAGUAAUAAUAGUGACAAUACUUUGGGACUCAAUAUUUUGCAAAAUCUUGAAUGUCUUAUCAAUUCAUCCGAUGAUAGUAUCGAUACUAUCACUGAAAGGCGUCAGUGUUGGCUUUGUUUGGGUCAAGAAGAUUUUGAUCCAAGACCAUCGACUUCAUUAGACAUGAAUAAUAGUCUUCUACAUAAUCAUCACCAGUGGUUGAGUCCCUGUCGAUGCAAAGGAACGGCCAAAUGGAUACACAAUGAAUGUCUUCAGUUAUGGAUCGAUGAGAAGCAGAAGUUGGACACCAAUGUUGGCGUAAAGUGCGCCCAAUGCGGCACUCAAUAUGUUUUGAUGUUUCCUCCAAAUGGCAAACUAAUUGAUGUGAUUUUAUGGUACGAAUCCUUGAUGAACAACGUGUCAACCUAUGCGAUGGUGUUAUGUGUUGCCGGCGCUGUCUAUAUGAGUGCAUUUAGUUACGGUGUUCUCACUUGUCUUCAAAUAAUCGGCUCUGAAAAGACAACACAACUAAUUGAAGGAUCAAACAAAACAAUAGCACUGUUAGGUUUUCCGUCGAUUCCAUUUAUUUUAUGCGCCGGAAAGUUAAUAAAUUGGGAAAAUUGGAUUUUACGACUUUGGCGAAGACAUUAUCAAAGGAUUCCUUUUCUGGCAUUUUUUACCGGUCGUCCCGCAGAAGGCUUUAAUAGAGUAAAUAUGGAACGAAGUCUUUUAGGAUACGAAAAUGCCGUUCAAAUUGAGCGCAAUAACGGUGUGAUUAAUCACAUUGAGAUUAAUGUCAGCGGAUCCUCAAUUUGUCGGGCUUUUUGUGGUGCUCUUCUGUUACCCACUUUUGCCAAAUAUGUCGGACAAUGUCUUUAUGAUAGCAUCGAAUCGGAUGUUAACAAAACAAUUUUGGGCGGACUAACAUUUAUUGCGAUAAAAGGCGGACUAAAGAUAUAUUUAAGACAACAACAGUUUAUUAGACAAACAAAACGACGGAUUUUGAAUUACAGAGAAUAUGCUGGAAGUGAUUCAAGUGAUAAUAACUAAACAAAUUUAAUGUUGAGUCAACUUUUGGUAUCGAUUUUAAUAUUUUUGGAUUUAAUUUUCAAUUGUAAUUAUUUAACUAUUAUCUGAUAUGUUAUUGUUUUAAUUAUUGUUAUAUAUUCUCAAUACUGCUUUAUUUAUAUUGACUAAAAAUUAAACAUGUUUAU